GCAUUUAUUUUCUGUUUAAACACGAACAAAGAUACAAAAUGUUUUUCAUGUGUUUAAAUGUUUUUAAACUAUUGUUCUUCAUAUCGUUGUGUUUUGUUGGAAUUCGAUAUUGGAUGCAAAAGAAAUCAUACGUCUUUUCAGCGGAUAUCGUUGAGGAAAUUACUUUAAAUCACUUUGGCAAAAACAUCACGGUCGCUUAUGACGACAUCUACGAUGAGUUUCUGGAGCGAUUUCCGGGUCACGUGCUUCCGGUCGAGCACCGGAAGUGGAUAUUUAUGAACGCCGGUGGCUGGAUGGGCGCCAUCCACAUUCUUCACGCGUCCCUUACAGAAUACCUCCUCUUCUUCGGCACUGCUGUUAACACUUCCGGUAACUCAGGUCGGUACUGGGCGAACAUCUCUGACACGAUUCUGACCGGAAGUUUCCGUCAGUGGCAGGAGGGAGCGUUGGGGUCAACUAUCUUUCUUCCGGGUCAGACGGUGUACCACUACGAAUGGGAGGCGGCGGCGGUGGAGUGGACCGCCGGCACGUGGAUGGUGGAAUAUGGACGCGGCUGCAUCCCGUCCACGCUGUUCUUCGCGCUGGCCGACACGUUUACGUCAACGCUUGACUUUGUGACUUUGUUUUAUAUACUCAGGGUGUACGCUAAUGCGUUGAUUAUGGAGGCAAUUGCUGUUAUUGGAGACAUGGUUUCCAUGGGUUAAACCGUUAACUGGUGGAGGUUGAAACCGUUAAGGGUUUUUAAGUUUGUAUUUUGUUUAGUUACUUUUUCACAGUAAUUACGUUGUUAUUUUUUUUUGUCGUCAACGAUAUUAAAACAACUUGAAGUUAUUAAAAUGUGAUGUUGCAUGUUAGGAAAUAGAAACUUUUGUAAGACAACCGUGUAUCUUAAAUGCUCAAUUACUAUAUAAACUUGCACUUUUUUGUGGUCAAGCCAAAAUAUUUUUGUACAAAUGAUUCAUGAAUCAUUACUGCUCGCAGUCUCCAUACUCGUUAUGUCGAAGUCGUGUGGACCUCGGGAAAUACUUCGAGAUACCGAAAAAUCGAUAGAAUCGAAAUAUAAGAGAUGUCUAACUAAACCCGAAAAAUUCGAAAAAAGUUUGACAUUACCAAAACAUCGACAUUACAGAAUUCAACAUAGCGAGUUUUGACUUGACCAGUAAUAAAGACCUUGGACAUAUUCCAUGUCAUUCGGCUCAUUCAGUCAGGAUUCCAUGGCAAACAAAUGACGGAAAUUAUAUAAUUCAUUAAUGAUUGUUUACUGUCAAAGUCAUAUGUUUUUCAAGUAAAUUGCAAACACUGUACUUCGGGUACGAUUUGGGAUUUUACUUUUGCGUAAAUAUUCUGGACAUUUAAUUCACCAACUACGUACCAAUAUAAAGGACAAAUCGUUUGGUUUGAAAUAAUUAUUAUAAUUGAUUUCUUGAAUACCCAUUCAUGUGUAAAUGCAUAAUACGUAUAUGGCUGUAAAAGUACUUUAAAAGACCCAAUAAACAUUUUUAAUUUGU